AUGGCUGCGUUGAUGAUGGUUAGAGAUAUAAAACCACGUAACGACGGGAACGAAGAACAUGAACAACAGGAUACUGGUCGGGUUAUUCGAGACAUUAAAAACGUGUAUCCUGAAGUUAUUGAUUUAUUUAGAGGAGUUAAUGAUUCAAUUUCAAAACAUUCUAUAACCCUCGAUGAAGAGAAUAAAUUAACAGAUUAUAUAUUCGUCAUUAUUGCAGAAUUAAUGAAGAGAAUAAAUGAAAAAGGAAUUGGUGAUAUCAUUAAUGUCAGCGAUGUAAUGAUGAAAAGAAAUUUUGACUCAUUAUUUACAAAACCGAAAACAGAAUAUAGUCUUUAUGACGUAAUUACCGAAUUAAUGAAAAAGAUUAAUGAUAAUAAGAGUUCUGGCGGAAGAGUUGAAUUAGAAGUGAAUGAUGUUAAUGAGAAAUUAGCCGAAAAAGCAGACAAAAAUGAGCUUUUAGCUCUGAGUGAUAAAGUCAAGAACCACGUUCAUUAUAUAACUUCAGACGAACAGAUUAUAACGGACUACCAUGGAUAUUUAACACGAAGUGAUGAAGCGAAGACAAAAAAUGUUAAUGAAAGAAGAUAUAAAUACAUUCGUGCUAAAGGUUAUGACAUAAGCUGUACUGUACAGUAUGAUGUAGCUAAAGCACCAGAAGCAUUUGGUUAUACCGGUGAAAUUUAUGCCUCUACUUUCAAUGUUAACGGUGUAUUAGUUGAACCAAGAUUUACUUUGAGAGUUAAGUCAAAAAUAACGUUUGAAGAUGCUAUUAAAAGUAAAGCUGACAAAGUUGAACUCGAAGCAAUGAACAAAGUUUUGAAAUCUCAUAAACACAACAUCUCCGAUAUAAAUGAACUUCAAGCUACAUUAGACAGUAAAGCCGACAAGAACCAUACACAUGAAUCCUUCACUACUGUUAGAGCAGACGACAUAAUAUUGAACUAUACCCUUGGUUCAA